CCUUUCUCUGGUGUGAAUACCUGUUGGGCGGCGCGUGCAGCUCCAUUGCACCACAGGUUGAUUGCAUUGCUGUCAUUUAUGACAGGGUAAUUUUUCCAGUUCACCAGAAGCGUUCUGCACGUUUUAAGCCGGUCAAGACUCUCCUGUCCUACAUUUCUACUGGUUGCACUUCAGAGACAACUUCGAACAAGAACUGCAGCUUUCCACCUUAGAUUUCUGCUUAUCAUUCAAGAUGCCAAAAGCAGCAGCAGUGGCAAAUCACCCCUUCUGGCCCAGAGACCUGUCCAUUCCGAACUACAUACCAAAUGACCGUUCCAUGAUUGAGAUUGUCACAUUCCUGUUCUCUGUGUCCGGGCUGUUUGUCCUGGUGGCCUGGGCUCUGACAGGGCAGAAGGUUGCUGGAGGGAGGCUCAGCAGCUGGAGAAGGUUGGCUCUGUGCUGGUUUACAGUGUGUGGCUUUAUCCAUGGUGUUAUUGAGGGCUGGUUUGCUCUCUACUAUCCCAUCAUUCCAGGAGACCAGAGCUUCCUCUCCCAACUCUGGAAGGAAUAUUCAAAAGGUGACAGCAGAUAUGUGAUAGCGGAUAAUUUCACUGUUUGCAUGGAGACAGUGACCGCUUGUCUAUGGGGACCUUUCAGUCUGUGGAUCGUCAUGGCCUUUUUGUUCAAUCGGCCUUACAGAUUUAUCUUGCAGCUAAUUGUAUCCCUAGGUCAGCUUUAUGGAGCUGUGCUUUAUUUCUACACCGAACACAGAGACGGCUACAUCCACAGCGAGUAUGGCCACCCCAUCUAUUUCUGGUUCUACUUUGUCUUCAUGAAUGUCCUGUGGAUUGUAAUCCCUUUCAUUCUUAUUUUGGACUCAUGGUCUCAGCUAUCUAACACUCAAGCCUUGUCUGACAAAACACAGAAACACAAAUCCAAAUAGUUGAAAAAUGAAAUGGGAAUGAAUGUAAUGUAAAUGUACUCCAUUCUAGGUGAUGCCUGCAAUUUUAUAUUUUUAUGAAUAAACUGUCUAAUUUACUAUGAA